UGGGAUUCGAUCAAUGAAAUGGACGAGUUUUUCAGCCCCAUCCACACCUACCAGGUCUGCAAUGUCAUGACCCCCAACCAGAACAACUGGCUACGGACCAACUGGGUUCAACGGAACGGCGCGCGGCGGGUCUACGCAGAGAUUAAAUUCACACUGCGGGACUGCAACAGCAUGCCGGGCGUGCUGGGCACCUGCAAGGAGACUUUCAACCUCUACUACCUGGAGUCCGACCGGGACCUGGGCACCAGCACCCGGGAGAGCCAGUUUAUGAAGAUCGACACCAUCGCAGCUGAUGAGAGCUUCACCAACGUGGACCUGGGGGUGAGGCGCCUGAAGCUGAACACAGAGGUGCGGGGCGUGGGGCCACUGAGCAAGAGGGGUUUCUACUUGGCCUUCCAGGACAUAGGCGCCUGCAUUGCCAUCGUUUCGGUGCGGGUGUACUAUAAGAAGUGCCCGGCGACGGUGAGGAACUUGGCAUCCUUCUCUGAGGCUGUGACUGGGGCAGAUUCGUCCUCCCUGGUGGAGGUGCGGGGAGAGUGCGUAGGCCAUUCAGAGGAGAGGGACACCCCCAAAAUGUACUGCAGUGCCGAGGGAGAAUGGUUGGUGCCCAUUGGGAAGUGCGUGUGCAGUGCUGGCUACGAAGACCUCAGUGAUGCUUGCUUAGCCUGCCAGCUGGGAUUUUACAAGUCAGCCCCUGGGGACGAGCCGUGUGCAAAGUGCCCCUUGCACAGCCACUCGGAGAGCCGGGCAGCCCGCGUGUGCCGCUGCGACAGCAGCUUCUACAGGGCAGUGCAGGACCCCCCCUCGGCCGCCUGCACGCGCCCCCCCUCUGCUCCUGUGAACCUGAUCUCCAGUGUAAACGGCACCUCGGUGAUACUGGAGUGGGGCCCACCCCUGGACAAGGGGGGACGCGCUGACAUCGUGUACAACGUGGUCUGCAGGCGCUGCGCAGGGGACGCUGGCCAGUGCGAGGCGUGCGGCAGCGGGAUCCGCUUCGUGCCCCAGCAGAUGAGCCUGGUGCAGGGAGUGCUGACGGUGACCAACCUCCUGGCCCACACCAACUACUCUUUUUGGGUGGAGGCCGUCAACGGUGUCUCUGACCUCAGCCUGGAGUCCAGGAGAGCUGCUGUCGCCAACAUCACGACAAACCAGGCAGCCCCGUCCCAGGUGGUGGUAGUCCGCCAGGAGAGCACGGGCCAGAACAGCGUCACCUUGCUGUGGCAAGAGCCAGAUCAGCCCAACGGCAUCAUCCUGGAGUACGAGAUCAAGUACUAUGAGAAGGACAAGGAAAUGCAGAGCUAUUCGACUCUGAAAUCCAAGGGCACCACUGCCACAAUCUCUGGGCUCAAGCCUGCAACCCGCUACAUUUUCCAGGUUCGGGCUCGCACCUCUGCUGGCUGUGGGAGGUUCAGUCAGACCGUGGAGGUGGAAACGGGGAAGCCAGUGUCUCUCCGGUAUGACACGAUGACAAUUGUCUGGAUCUGCCUGACCCUCAUCACUGGCCUCGUUGCACUGCUGGUGGUCCUAAUCUGCAAGAAGAGGCACUGCGGGUACAGCAAAGCUUUCCAGGACUCUGACGAGGAGAAGAUGCAUUAUCAGAAUGGGCAAGAAAGAGCUGAUCUCCUCUCUCCCCUUUGAAACCUGGCAGUGAAGUUCCCGGAGUUCAAGUUCUACGUGGACCCCCACACGUACGAGGACCCCUGCCAAGCUGUGCAUGAGUUCACCCGUGAAAUCGAGGCCUCCCGGAUCAAGAUCGAGAAGGUCAUUGGGUCUGGGGAGUCGGGAGAGGUGUGCUAUGGCCGCCUGAAGCUGCCAGGGAAGAGGGAGAUUCCCGUGGCCAUCAAGGCACUGAAAGCAGGCUACACAGAGAAGCAGAGACGGGACUUCCUGAGCGAAGCCAGCAUCAUGGCACAGUUCGACCACCCCAACAUCAUCCAUCUGGAGGGGGUGGUGACCAGGAGCAAAUUGGUAAUGAUUGUUACUGAAUACAUGGAGAACGGCUCGCUAGACACCUUCCUCAGGAAACACGAUGGGCAGUUCACCAUCAUCCAGCUGGUGGGCAUGUUGCGUGGCAUCGGAGCAGGCAUGAGAUACCUGUCUGACCUGGGCUACGUGCACCGUGACCUGGCUGCCCGCAAUAUCCUGGUGAACAGCAACCUGGUCUGCAAAGUGUCUGACUUCGGCCUCUCCCGCAUCCUGGAGGAUGACCCCGAUGCUGCAUACACCACCACGGGGGGGAAGAUCCCCAUUCGCUGGACGGCUCCGGAGGCCAUUGCAUACCGCAAAUUCUCCUCGGCUAGCGAUGUGUGGAGCUACGGCAUCGUCAUGUGGGAGGUGCUGGCCUACGGCGAGCGCCCAUACUGGAACAUGACCAACCGGGACGUCAUUAACUCGGUGGAGGAAGGCUACCGCCUGCCUGCCCCCAUGGGCUGCCCCACAGCCCUGCACCAGCUGAUGCUGGAUUGCUGGCAGAAGGACCGCAGCGAGAGGCCACGCUUCUCCCAGAUUGUCAGCAUCCUGGACAAGCUCAUCCGCAACCCUGACAACCUGAAGUGCACAGCCACCGUGAACCGGACCAACACCUCUUGGUCUAACCCCUUCUGUCCCGCUCCCAGGUUCACCCAAACACCCUUCGACAGGGGCCUCCUCGACCUGGCCAGCUGUCUGACUGUGGAGGACUGGCUGGACUCCAUCCGGCUGGGACACUACCGCGACAACUUUGCCAUGGCAGGGUACUCCUCCCUGGGCAUGGUGAUGCGCAUGAACAUCGAGGAUGUUCGGAGUCUGGGCAUCACCAUGAUGGGCCACCAGAAGAAGAUCUUGAGCAGCAUCCAGGCCAUGCGGUCCCAGCUGAUGAACACAAAUGGCCCCAGGAGACAUCUCUGA